AUGUCUUUGCCGUCGUUCCUUUACUCCCAGAUCUUUGUGGGUCUACCCGUACCCGACCAUGACUUCACGGGCCAAACGAUUGUCAUCACAGGUGGUAGCACGGGACUGGGCCUUGGAGCAGCUCGUCAUUUCCUGCGAUUGAACGCAUUGCAUAUCGUCCUAGGCGUGCGGAGCAUGGAAAAGAACAAGGCCGCCAAAGAAGACCUCGAAUCCUCCACAAACCGCCCUAACACCGUCCGCCUCGAACACAUCGACAUGGACCGCUACGACUCAGUCAAGGCCUUCGCAUCCACAAUCCAGAAUACAGUCCCCAAGGUCGACGUCCUCCUGUUAAACGCUGGCAAAAUCGCCGAGAAAUUCUACCUAGCUGAGGAAGACGAAAGCACCAUCACAGUCAAUGUCGUCUGCACAGUUCUCCUAGGCCUCCUUCUCCUCCCCAAACUCCGCGACUCGGCAACUCCAGAUGGUCCGAUACCACGUCUCUGCUUCGUAGCCUCCGACCGGCACGUCAUGACCAACCUCCCCGAAUGGAAAACAGAAGACACCUUCGCGACACUCCGCGCAAACGCCACCUCCGGCGCAGAUGACCGCUACUACGCCUCCAAACUGCUCAACGUCCUCAUGUUCCGCCAACUCGCGGAGGAAAUUAAAUCCUGUACCCCACGUGUAGUGGUAAACGGCUUCACCCCUGGGUACUGUGCUACGGCACUUAUCCGGGAGACGCAGGGGUUCUGGGGGUGGCAGCUGUAUGUGAUGAAGUUGACAAUUACGAGAACUAUUGAGGCGGGAUCGAGGACGUUGGUACAUGCGGCUAGUUUGGGGUGGGAGGGACAUGGGAGGUAUUUGAAUGAUUGCAAAAUUGAUGAUGGCGCUUUGUCUUCAUUUGUACGCAGUGACGAGGGAAAACAAGCGCAGGUUAAGGUGUGGAAGGAGUUGUUGGUGAAGUUGGAGAGCAUAGCGCCCGGAAUCUCGGGAAAUCUGUCUUAA